AUGCGUGCUGCACUCAUUGCUUCGCUUGUCGCCGUAGCAAGCGCGUAUAGGUCGUGGAUCGGCGUUGACACCAGAUGGGCGACGCACCCUGACAGGACGGCACAAUGGUAUGACGAGAAUGCCCAAGGCCGUCUUCCGGAGUUGGCCCAGUCUAUGACGACGGUGGUCGCGAACAAGUCCUCCAUCGUGAAACUAGAAUGUAUGGGAUGUCCGUUCAGGGUGCGAAAGCUGCACGCGGAGCCAGAAGAAUGGCAAGAGCCCCCGCAGGAUAGUUCGCUGCUCCUCAACUUCACCAUCGAUGCUUCAACCGCUGCACUUCUCCUCAAUGGCCAGCCCGUCGCAGCCCUAGCGCCAAUGCCGCUGCAUAUCCAUGCUUUCCAAGUAAAUGCAAAUUUCACCGAAAUGCACAUGCGCAAGGCCAUAGACCUUCAAAUGAUGGACAAAAGCUGGAAUCUGGGGACAAAGUACGGCAAAUUUGAGCUGCAAUACGAACACACCGUGGUUGCGACGCGUGAGCCGGGAAAGUCGUGGAUCCAGUUUGACGUCACGGGUAUCUUGUACCCCUACGCCAUGCACAAGCAUGAUCCAAAGGGGUAUUACGAGCUGCAAGCGGGCGACCAGAAACUUGUGCAGAUCUUGCUGCGCGAGAAGGCUGAACCGCACGAGCUUUCCAUUGAGGACGUGCAGCUUGUUGACCGCAAAGACCGUGCGAAGCCGUAUGCAAUGCCAUGCGGUCGCCUUGCUAUGGCACAGACAACUUUCAAGCCUCUGGAAUGGGACGACUACGGCAAGAUUGGGACGUGGUCCAGGUGGUUCAAUUUAUUGUGGGACAAGACAGGAGAGCUGUUUUUGGAGAACCUCAUCUACCUGCCUGUGGUGAUUGUUGUGGUUCCUGCAUUGGUGCUGCUUCGCUGGAUGACCAGAAGGCAGCAGCAGCAGCAGGUGGCUCUCCCCACCGAAAACGACGCCGAGGCAGCGCUAGUGGAUAGCGAACACCAAGAUACUACCCCGGAAGCCGAGUAUGUGGACAGGGAGGAGAAGGUUUAA